UGGCUGCCCUGGGCAUAGCGAGCGUUGAGUGGCUUGGCUGGGCGCAAGCCACGCCCCCCGGCCGGACCAGGAAGUGAAAAUGGCGGCGGCGGCGAUGGCGGCGGAUGAAGCAGAGCGGGCGCGGGGCCGGCGCGCCGCCCUGUCCUUCGCGGCCAUCGCCGUGGUGCUGGGGCUGCCGCUGUGGUGGAGAACGACCGAGACCUACCGCGCCGCGCUGCCCUACGCGGACAUCGACGGGCUGGGCCAGCAGCCGGUUCAGCUGGUCGUGCCCGUCGCCGUGGUCUUCAGCCCGGGGUCCGUGCCCGGGGACCUGCCGAGCCCGCUGCCGUUCAGGGACGUGCAGGAGAUGAAGAUUUCCGUGAACCUGAGAACCAGUGUCACAUCCCGCUACGAGAUGGCCUAUCGGGCCACCACGGCCCAGGAGGAGGCAGCUCUGGCUGCGGCCACUGCACGAGAGGCUGACGCUGCUCUGCGCCCGCUGCAGGACGUCUCGAUGGGCUCCCUGACCAUGUACGUGGUCCCCGAAACCUCCUCUCUCCUGCCUCAGGGCACCAGCGUCUAUGUGGGGAGGCACCGCAGCGCCCUGGUGAGGGCUGAGGGGGGCCUGGCUGCCCUCCACGCCCGCCUCCGGCAGGUGACACAGGUGAUGUCCUUCACGGCCACCUCCAUCGCCGCUGCCCUCUCGGACCGCGUGCCCGACAGCCGGCUCAGCCCCGACGCGCGGCGCUCCCUGAAAUCCAGCCUGGGGUAUGAGAUCACCUUCAGCCUGCUGAACCCCGAUCCCAAGUCCCACGCCGUGGACUGGGACAUCGAGGGGGCUGUGAACCGCUAUGUGAAGCCUGUCCUGGACAAACUGAGCUUGGUGGCCAACUUCUCUGUGGACUCACAGAUUCUGUACUACGCUGUCCUAGGAGUGACACCACGCUAUGACAAGGAAUCUUCCAGCUUUCUCCUGAGUGCUCACAGCCUCCCACACGUCAUCAACCCUGUGGAGGCUCGCCUGGGCUCCAGUGCUGCCUCACUCUACCCCGUGCUGAACUUCCUGCUGUAUGUACCAGAGCGCUCCCACUCCCCCCUGUACAUCCACGACAAGGACGGAGCCCCAGUGAGCACCAACGCCUUCCACAGCCCCCGCUGGGGCGGCAUCAUGGUUUACAACGUUGAAGCCCCUGCUUCCCCCCAAGCCUCUCUCCCGCUGCACGUGGACGUGGACAUGGCACGAGUGAUGGAGGUUUUCCUGGCCCAGCUCCGGUUACUCUUUGGGCUGUCUCGGGAAGAGCUGCCCCCAGAGUUCCUGCUGGAAAGCCCAGGGAAUGAGGGGCUGGCCGACUGGGAACUGGACCACCUGCUCUGGGCCCACACUGUGGAGAACAUUGCCACUGUGUCCACCACACUGACCUCGCUGGCCCAGCUCUUGGACAAGAUUGGGAACAUCGUCAUCAAGGAUGAUGUUGCUUCUGAGGUGUACCGAGCAGUGGCCUCAGUGCAGACUGCUGUGGCCAAGCUGGCUGUGGGCCACCUGCACUCGGCUUUCCAGGCCAGCAAGGAGGCUGUCACCUCCUCGGAGCGGGCUUUCUUUGACCCAUCUCUCCUCCAUCUCCUCUACUUCCCUGACGAUCAGAAAUUUGCCAUCUACAUCCCACUCUUCCUGCCCAUGGCUGUCCCCAUUCUCCUGUCACUGGCCAAGAUUGUCCGGGAGACCAGGCAGCGUAAGAAGGAGCCCACCAAGAUGGACUGAGCCCAUGGCACUGGUGCCCUGCCUUGGGGCUGUCCUCACCUCGUGGGGUGUGUUGUCACAGACUCGUGGCCCAGGAAAGUGCCUCAGAACAGUGUAAAGGCCAGGCCUGGCAGCUUGGCUUGGGUCUGCUGUGGCCAGAGUGCAGGAGUGGGAAAAGAGGCUGUUUUGGGCAGUGGGAGAUGGUCUCAAUCAGGGUGCCCUUCCCCAGAAAGGCAGAGAGAAGAGGGAGGGGGCUCCCUGUGUGCACCCCCAGCCCUGUACUGUGUUCAGAACAAGCUGCUGUGUAAAUAAAUAACCCCCUGUUGUGCAGGGGGGCUGGUGUGGG